GCUACAGUUAAUGGUCAAAAGUUUUAUGGGUGCGUGUCAUAGAGUUGACUUUUUUCACUUGUAAACAAUUUGGUAAUUAUAAACUUAUGAAGGCGUAAUAGCUGGUAUUUGAGAUGAUGGCUGAAUACCGAUAAGUCUUCAACCAACCUAUGCAUAUUCCCAAUAAGAAUAACGCCCAGCUUACUAAAAAGUGAGUAUCGUCGAGUGAAACAGGUGCUGGCUCCUGCGGGGUUUCAUCCGGCGUGGGCAGCGACUCUGAAGUCAUGGCUGAACUAGCAGCUCUCCUUCGCCAGGAGAUUCCUGAGGGAAGAGGCAGCCUCGCGGAUAGCCACACGAACCUCGAGCGAGUCGCAGAAUAUUGUGAAGCGAACUAUUUCCAAGCCGAAAAUAAAAGAAUAGCUCUCGAAGAAACCAAGAACUACACGACCCAAUCCUUGGCUAGUGUCGCCUAUCAAAUAAACACCCUUGCAUAUAAUUUCCUUCAGCUUCUUGACUUACAGACUUCACAGCUUGACGAGAUGGAGAGUCAGAUGAAUCACAUUGCUCAAACAGUAAUGAUCCACAAGGAAAAAGUUGCUCGAAGAGAAAUCGGCGUUCUUACUGCCAACAAAAUGACGAGUCGUCAAUAUAAAAUCAUCGCUCCUGCUAAUCCCGAGAAGCCAAUUAAAUAUGUGAGAAAGAGUAUUGAUUAUGCAAUUCUGGAUGAAAUUGGCCAUGGAGUUCGUGGAGGAGGAACUCCGAGAAGCAAACAAAGAGGCGGAAGCCAGGGAAGUGUUCAGAGCCUGGGAGUUGCUUCUCAAAGUUCUGCUCUGGCUGCCACGAUUGUUGGUCCUGCGCCAACGACCAAACCUCCGACACCUCCUCAGAAUGUCAGAACAGGAACUCUUAGUAAAGGAUCUCGAGAGUAUAGAACUCCUCCAGCGGUUGCACCGCCCCAGGUACCUAGCCACUAUGCACCAAAUUAUCCAUUGGGACAUCCGAGACGAGAACGCGGUCCUGGAUACAGCACUUUACCUCUGCAUGCUCAUACGACUCAACAUCCGACUCUCAUUUCCAACCAUAAUACAAUGGCGAAUCCAGGAAGUCAACAUACUCCACCUCCGCAAAUUGGGACCGUUCAUCCCUUGCAGAGUCACCCUCAAACUCCACCUCCAGCUCCACCUAGUGUCACUGGUACAGCGAGUUACACACAAAUACAGGAUCAACAUAAUGGCAUGCCUCUAACGAGCCCACGUCCUAAUUGGCCAUCAAUGGGCACUACAGUAAGGUACAAAGCACCACCUUCACCAUUGGUUGGUAGGAAUUCUGAUGUAGGUGAUUACACAGGACAUCAUACGUUGCCACACAGGUUGUCUCAUCAAGUUAGUCGCAGUAGCGGUGCCAACAGUCCUCCACUGCCUCCUCCACCUCCUCCAGAACAUGAGGAACAUCCUCAAUUUGGGAGACCACAGCAAUCCAGUGGCGCUAUAAUGCCCAUUGUACCAGAUGAAGAAGAUUUACCUGGAUGGGUACCAAAGAAUUACAUAGAAAAAGUUGUGGCAAUCUACGAUUAUUACGCCGACAAAGAAGACGAGCUCAGCUUCCAGGAGAGUUCCGUCAUUUACGUUUUAAAGAAGAACGACGACGGAUGGUGGGAAGGUGUUAUGGAUGGAAUAACGGGGUUGUUUCCCGGGAACUACGUCGAGCCUUGCGUUUAAUUACGUUAACGUGUUAUAUUCUCUCGACACGUUACGAACUUUGUUAGAUUUAUUUCAAUUGCGCACUUACUACUUUAUAUUAAAGGCGCUUUUUUAUUUAUAGAAAACAGCGACUUCUCGAAUAAUUCCGGUCGCUAAACAAAUUUUAGGAAGAACUUUAUUAUACCUUUAUCAUUAAAUAUAUUCCAAAAAAACUACACAAUAGUCUGUAAUAUAGUUUUUAAUAAUAACUUCUACUAUUUAACUCUUAUGUUUCUCAGGUAACUCCUACCUAAAAAACGUGAGUGUCUAUUACUGUAUUAAUGAAUUACUGAAACUUUAAUCUGUUCCCAGAAAUACAAAACUCUUAUCUAGAAUUAUUAUCGUAUUUUUGAAUUAUUGUGACUAAAAAUUGCUAGGCAUUUUUAGAGGUCUUCAAAUACAUGAAGAGUUAAACUGUUAUUUAUAUUAAUACUAUCUUGCUGAAAUAAUUUUUUACUUCGUUUAGAAGGAUUCAUUCAAAUGCCAGAAACGAAAUGACUUUGUAUGCAUUUAUUUGUACGAAUAUUUAGAAACAGUUUUUUUUUCUUGUUCCACUGUUAACUGUUUUAAAGAGGUUACAAUAAAAAUGGAUGAAAAUAUC